CGGCUCUGUAGGGGGCAGUCGAGCGCAGGCGUCGGAGCGAGUGAAGAGAGAAACAGUGUGGAAGGGGAAGGAAAGGAUGCAGUGUGAGGCAAACACGACUGUCUUAAAUUAAUUUAUCAGCCGUUAUUUGUGUAAAAAAAAAAUGAAGUUGUACUGUCUGUCUGGUCAUCCUACAUUGCCUUGCAAUGUCCUCAAGUUCAAAUCCACCACCAUCAUGCUGGACUGCGGACUGGACACCACCUCUGUCCUCAACUUCCUGCCCCUUCCUCUUGUGCACAGCCCGAGACUCUCCAAGCUGCCUAGCUGGGUGUCCAAGGACGGAGCUGUGAACUUGGAGAAGGAGCUGAAGGAGUGUGCAGGAAGAGUGUUUGUGGACUCACAGCCCGAGUUCUGCCUCCCUGAGAAAGAACUGCUGGAUCUGUCUACUAUCGAUGUCAUCCUAAUUUCAAACUAUCACUGUAUGAUGGCGCUGCCCUACAUCACUGAACACACAGGCUUCACAGGGACAGUUUACGCAACAGAACCCACCCUGCAGAUUGGCAGACUAUUGAUGGAAGAGUUGGUGAACUUCAUGGAGAGAGUUCCCAAAGCCCAGGCGGCCACCUGCUGGAAAAAUAAGGAAAUACAAAGGAUGCUCCCAGGUCCACUGAAGGAUGCGGUGGACGUGUGGACAUGGAAGCGAAGCUACAGCAUGCAGGAGGUGAACUCUGCCCUCAGCAAAGUGCAGCUUGUGGGUUAUUCACAGAAAGUGGAGUUGUUUGGAGCUGUUCAGGUCUCCCCCCUGAGUUCUGGCUAUUCGUUGGGCAGCUCCAACUGGAUCAUUCAGUCCCAUCAUGAGAAAGUGUCCUAUGUGUCGGGUUCAUCCCUCCUCACCACACAUCCACAGCCGAUGGACCAAAGCUCCCUGAAGAACAGUGAUGUUUUGAUCCUGACAGGCCUCACCCAGAUGCCAACCGCCAACCCAGACGGCAUGCUGGCAGAGUUCUGCAGUAACCUGGCUAUGACAAUUCGCGCCGGAGGCAACGUGCUGGUCCCGUGCUACUCCUCCGGAGUGAUCUACGACCUGUUGGAGUGUCUGUACCAGUUCAUCGAUAACGCCAGCCUGGGGACCACGCCCUUCUACUUCAUCUCACCCGUCGCCAACAGCUCGCUGGAGUUCUCGCAGAUCUUUGCCGAGUGGCUUUGUCACAACAAACAAUCAAAGGUGUAUCUUCCAGAGCCUCCGUUCCCUCAUGCUGAGCUGAUCCAAACCAACAAGCUGAAACACUACCCCAGCAUUCACGGAGACUUCAGCAGCGACUUCCGGCAGCCGUGUGUGGUCUUCACCGGCCACCCGUCUCUGCGCUUCGGGGACGUGGUGCACUUCAUGGAGCUGUGGGGCAAGUCCAGCCUCAACACCAUCAUCUUCACUGAGCCGGACUUCUCCUACCUCGAUGCCCUGGCUCCCUACCAGCCGCUGGCUAUGAAGUGUGUUUACUGUCCCAUUGACACGCGGCUCAACUUCCACCAAGUCUCAAAGCUGCUCAAGGAAGUCCAGCCCCUCCACGUGGUGUGUCCGGAGCAGUACACCCAGCCUCCGCUCAGCCAGUCCCACCGCUCCGACCUGAUGCUGGAGCUGCAGCCCCCUCCCAUGCCCUACAGACGCUGCUCCGUCCUCAACCUGCCCUUCCGACGCCGCUACGAGCGCAUCUACAUCCUUCCCGAGCUGGCAAACUCCCUGGUGCCCUCUGAGAUUAAACCUGGCAUCUCCGUGGCAACUGUGUCUGCAGUGCUUCACUCCAAGGACAACAAGCACACUCUGCAGUCGGUGCCCAAACCCCCUCCAGCGCCCCCCAGCAAGAAGAGAAAGCGAGUGAUGGAGGAGCCCCCUGUGGUGCAGGCCCCCAAACCCCUGCUGAGCGGAGCUGUGCCCCUGGAAGCUUUCCUGGCCACAUUAAAAAAGCAUGGGAUCACAGAGGUGAAGGUGGAGGAGACGGCAGACGGACACAUCCUGCACCUACAGGCAGAGGACACGCUGAUCCAGCUUGAGGAGGACGGGACACACAUCGUGUGCGACAACAACGAGCCGCUGCGCACCUCGCUCAGAGACCUGGUCCUCCGCUUCCUGCAGAAACUCUGACCUGAAUCCUCCUCAUACCCUCCCUUUGCUGGUCUUUUAACAGUGCUCCUGCUUUAUUGUUGGACUGUGGACAGCAGCAGAAACGACAUGAGAGAGGACGAGACAAGGCAAAGAGCUGUGAAGUCAACUCUCCUCACGUCGGUCUCAUUUAACACUGUCAUUUACACAAGUUUCAUUGUAAAGUCCACUUACAUUUUGUAAAAUAGUUUUUUUGUAUUAAAAUAUUUCUCAAAGUCA